AUGGUCCCUGUGGAGCUGUGUGCGCCACCCACUGGGAAGAGUGAGGUGGGCCUGCAGGCCUCUGAGCCCUGGUGCCCUGCUCCCCUGUCCUGCCCACUGGCAGCUUGGGGUGCCGCUCCCUGGGCCAAAGGCUCUUUCAAGCACCAGGUGCUGCCAGGUGGGGUCCCCUCCAAGCUCUGCUCACCUAGUACUCUCCUCAGCCCCAAAUUGCAAAAAGCGGAACACCCAGGGUCCCUGCCUUUCCAGGUGAAAGAACUGGUCCUGGACAACUGUCGGUCCAACGAAGGCAAAAUUGAAGGCCUCACAGAUGAAUUUGAAGAACUGGAAUUCUUAAGCACAAUCAACGCGGGCCUCACCUCCAUCGCAAACCUACCAAAGUUAAACAAACUCAAGAAGUUUGAACUAAGCGAUAACAGAAUCUCAGGGGGCCUGGAAGUAUUGGCAGAAAAGUGUCCGAACCUCACGCAUCUAAACUUAAGUGGCAACAAAAUUAAAGACCUCAGCACAAUAGAGCCACUGAAGAAGUUAGAAAACCUCAAGAGCUUAGACCUUUUCAACUGCGAGGUGACCAACCUGAACGACUACCGAGAAAGCGUGUUCGAGCUCCUGCCGCAGCUCACAUACCUCGACGGCUUCGACCAGGACGACAAGGAAGCCCCCGACUCAGAUGCCGAGGGCUACGUGGAGGGGCUGGAUGACGAGGAGGACGAGGAAGAUGAGGAGGAGUAUGAUGAAGACGCAGAGGCAGUAGAAGAUGAGGAGGACGAGGAUGAGGAGGAGGAAGGCGAAGAGGAGGACGUGAGUGGGGAGGAGGAGGAGGAUGAGGAGGGCUACAACGAUGGGGAGGUCGACGAUGAGGAGGAAGAAGAGGAUCUUGGCGAGGAGGAGAGGGGACAGAAGCGGAAACGAGAGCCCGAGGAUGAGGGCGAGGAGGACGACUAAGCUGAAUCACCGUUUUGAGAAAUUCCUAUUGUGAUUUGACUGUUUUUACCCAUAUCCCCUCCCCCCCUCCAAAUCCUGCCCCCCGAAACUUAUUUUUUUCUGAUUGUACCGUUGCUGUGGGAACGAGAGGGGAAGGUGUUCUGGGGGACGCGGGGGGAGGGCGGGCGGGAGGUGUGGAAUAAAAGACUAUUUUUACUGCCACUCUUUAUUUUUUUCCCCUCCUUUUUCUUGUGUCUGGUUUGGUCCCUGUGAACGCAAUAGCUGAGUGCACCCCAUGCGAGCAUCCAUCCUGGGCUCAGAGUUCUCCUAACAAGGGCGUUCCCCGAGUCGCUGGGUGGGGUGGGAGGCCGAGCCUGGCCUCUGUCUGGAUGCUCGGAGCCCAGGGGAUGCUGAGCCUGGCCACGCUUCAAUUCUUGCUUUUUGGGCCCCGUGACGCCUGCUUUUCUCGGCCUGCUAGAGGCACUCAGCACCCUGGUGUGUAAAUAGCGACCUCACGGCGUGUUGUGGCCCUGGUUUGGGGACACUCUCCAUCUCUCGCCCCCUUCCCCCCCCUCCCAGAUGGUGGUGGGCUUUGCUCUCCAGAGGACCCUGAUGUUACUUCUUGAGAGCUUGUGAGUUACGAGGAAAAUGGAUCUGGUCAUUACCUUGAAAAGAAGAAGCAAACCCUCACACCUCAACUUCUUUAAAAGAAAAAAACAAAAAACCUAUCUUGUUCUGUAACAUAUUAGAGCGCUUUGUUUUUCCAAAGUGACGAGAGAAUUCUUCCACACGUAUGUCCACGCUUAGAGCAGUUUACAGACCUGAGCGCUGAGACACUGCUGCAUGACGGCUGGGUUGUUUUUCGUUGUUGUUUUUUUCAUACACCCGAGCACGGAAAAACUAACGCAAAAUUGUAUUUUCUUACCUAGUGAAAAUCUGAAAUGACUGCGAAUUCCUAGUGAAUGUACAGGUUUGCUUCCAUGUCCCCAAGAGAUUGCUCUAGAAGUGAUGUGUUUCCUAACCCAUGUUUCAUCUGUACAAACCACAUCUGCACCUGUUUUUCUCCGGCUCCUCAGAAGAGCCAAACUGAGUUUUAUGUCUGUUUGUCAUUGAUAAAUUUCAAUAAAUCUUUUUAUACAAUUUUCUGGGGGAUGACUUCUUUGAGUCCACCAGGCCCUUGAUCCUUCUAAGACGUGUUCCCAGCAAGUGGGCGGCUGAAGGAAGCUUCAUUUUUGUUACCUGAUAAGAUAGCUUUUCUUAUGGGAUGUCUGAUGGAAUAUUAAGUUUGGAUAUUUUUGGUCUCAAAACAAGACUCAGUGGUGUAUCAUUAUUAAAAGCUUCAUUUAAAAAAA